CCCGCUCCCCCUCUACGCUGUUUCCACUGUCUUAUCCUUUUGAAUCUUCUGGACGAGCACUUAGGACAAUAUAAUGACUCGCAGUCUCAGCGUCAACGGCUCUAGCCGUCGCCCCUCUCCACUUCGCCCGACAUCGUCUUUUGCACUCGAUACCCCAAUGUCGCCCACGGAUCGAGACGUCCACCCGGUCAUUCAUCCCGGCAGGGUCGCCGUAAUCACCGGCGCUGGCAGUGGGAUAGGGCGAGCUGCUGCAGUCGAACUCGCAAAGAUCGGUUUGAAGAUCGCCGUCGCGGACGUCAACGAGAAGCAGUUGCGCGAGACUGGAGACGAGGUUGCGAAGAUCAUCGGCGAGACGAACGUGCUCGUCGUCCCGACCGACGUGAGCAAGCUCGACGAGGUCGUUCGCCUUCGUGACAAAGUCUACGAGGCCUGGGGUGAGGUCGGUGUUCUCAUGAACAACGCCGGCAUCGGCCCACGGGGAACGUCCUGGGAGGGUCUUGAUGUCUGGCACAAGAUUUUCGACGUCAAUGUGUUUGGCGUGCUCAACGUCCAGCAGACGUUCGUGCCAUCCAUGAUAUACCAGGAGAACCCUGGCAUGGUCAUUAACACUGGCUCCAAGCAGGGCAUCACCAAUCCUCCGGGCAACGCAGCCUACAAUGCGUCCAAGGCCGCUGUCAAGUCCAUGACGGAAAGUCUAGCGCACGAACUGCGUAAUCAUCCGCACGCAAACCUGACCGCCCAUCUGUUCGUCCCCGGAUGGACAUGGACCGGCAUGACAGGUGCCGCUGAGGCUGCAGAGAAGCCUGCCGGCGCUUGGACCGCGCAGGAGACGGUGCUCUACAUGCUCGACAAAGUGCGCCAGGGCAAGUUCUAUGUCCUCGUGCCGGACAACGAGACGCGUCGGGAGGUCGACCAGCUGCGCAUCCUCUGGUCUACCGGCGACAUCGUCGAGGGCCGCCCCGCGCUCAGCAGAUGGCACAAAGAUUACAAGGCGCUCUUUGAAGAAUACCUUCGCGAGGGUCUUGCGCAGUUGGAGUAGAUGCCACACAGUGGCAAACGGUGAAGAAGAAAGAAAUCUGAUGUGUACUCCUAGAUCUGAGGCGCUUCAGAUGCUGCUGUCGCCUUGAAGAAAUAUGCUUUGUAUGGACACUACAUGUAGUGUGAUUCGUUCAAAAGACUUGCUUGUCGGGACGUCA